GGGCGGGCGGCGCCGCGGCCUGCGGCGGUGUGCGGGAUGAGGCGGCUGUGCCCGCUGCUCUGGGCCGCGCGGGGCCCGCGCCGCCUCUCGUCGGGCGCUUCGCCGGGCAUGGAGGAGCUGCUGCGCCGCUCGGUGCCGCCGCUGCCGCCCUACGAGACCAAGGAGAAGGCGCCGCCGCCCGCCGAGCUGCGCGGCGCGGAGUUCGUGCGGUUCUACCGCGGGCUGCAGCCCGGGCCGCCCCGCGCCGAGCUCCUCACCCGCCUGGCCCGCGACUUCGGCGUGGAGCACGGGCGGGUGGCCGAGGCCGCCGCCAAGGUGCUGCAGGCCCGCGAGCAGCGCAGGGAGCCCGGGGCGCUGCUGCAGGCCGAGGACCGGCUCCGCUACUACCUGAACCCCCAGUACCGAGGGCUCUUCCAGCAGCUGGGCCGCCUCGAGGGCGGGCUGCGCUUCCUCGUGGAGCUCAGGGCCGACCUGAUGGAGGGGCUGGCCAGCAAGGCGGUGGAUGGGCCCCACGUCAAGGAAAUGAAUGGAGUUCUCAAGAACAUGCUCUCAGAGUGGUUCUGCACAGGAUUCCUCAACCUGGAGCGGGUCACGUGGCAGUCACCCUGUGAAGUACUCCAGAAAAUUAGUGAUUCUGAAGCUGUGCACCCUGUCAGAAACUGGGUUGAUAUGAAGCGUCGAGUUGGGGCCUAUAGAAGGUGCUACUUCUUCUCUCACUGUGCCAUCCCAGGAGAGCCACUGAUUGUCCUGCACGUGGCACUAACCAGUGACAUCUCCAGCAGCAUCCAGGCCAUAGUGAAAGAAGUGCCGCCUUUAGAGACAGAAGAUGCAGACAAAAUCACAACAGCAAUUUUCUACUCCAUCAGUUUGACUCAGCAGGGCCUGCAGGGAGUGGAACUUGGGACUCACCUCAUCAAAAGAGUUGUCAAGGAGCUGCAGAAAGAACUUCCUCAGAUAGAAGCUUUUUCCACACUUUCACCUAUCCCAGGAUUCACAAAAUGGCUCGUUGGUCUCCUCUCCUCCCAGACAAAAGAACACGGAAGGAAUGAACUUUUUACGGAAUCUGAAUGGCAGGAAAUCUCUGAGCUCACAGGAGACCCCACCAGCAACACCCUAAAGAAACUCUUGAACACCAACGAGUGGGUGAGGUCAGAAAAGCUGACUGAGGUGCUGCAUUCCCCCCUGAUGAGGCUCUGUGCCUGGUACCUGUAUGGGGAGAAGCACCGGGGCUAUGCCCUCAACCCCGUGGCCAAUUUCCACCUGCAGAACGGCUCGGUGCUCUGGAGGAUCAACUGGAUGGGGGACAGCAGCCCCCGCGGCAUCGGGGCCUCCUGUGGCAUGAUGGUCAACUACAGGUAUUUCCUGGAGGAGACAGCCUCCAACAGUGCCCUGUACCUGGCCUCCAAGCAGGUCAGAGCCUCCGAGCAGGUGCUGGCCUUGGUGGCCCAGUUCCAGCAGAACAGCAAGCUCUAGGGGGACACCAUCAACACUCCUAGAGAGUGUUGCUCGCUGUAAGGAGCUGUGCUCACCUGCAGUGUCUUACUUCAGUCAGAAUGUACCUUGUGGGACAAUGUGCUCGGGGUUACCUGGCUUAUCAGGUCUGGCUCACAAGGCUGUGUACUCCACCUAUGGUGUGUGCAGAGGGGUUGGAGUUGUGUGUUAAUGGAGAGUAAAAUCCUCUUCAUCAGGUACAGCCCAGGGGUAACUCAA